GUUUAGUUCUCGAUUACAGGGAAUAGUUAUAAAUAAAGAUCAAAAUUUUAUUAUAUCUUUGUAAUAAAAGAUACAACGUUACGGACGAUUUGGCUUUUAACCUGUGACCACCGAUUCUCUCUCUCUCUCUCUUUGACUCAUCAAUCAAUCAAUCAAUCAUGGUGGUUGAACUAUGGGAGACGGUCAAGGAAACCAUCACAGCUUACACCGGCCUCUCUCCGGCUGCCUUUUUCACCGUCCUUGCUCUCGCCUUCGCCGUCUACCAAGUCGUCUCCGGUUUCUUCGUCUCUCCCGAGGAACACCGUCCUCGCUCCACGGAGGAUUACCCGCAGCCGGAGCCUCUUCCGCCUCCGGUUCAGCUGGGAGAAAUCACGGAGGAGGAGCUUAAGCAGUACGACGGAUCCGAUUCCAAAAAGCCCCUUCUCAUGGCCAUCAAAGGCCAGAUCUACGAUGUUUCCCAGAGCAGGAUGUUCUAUGGACCAGGUGGACCAUACGCUCUGUUUGCGGGGAAAGAUGCAAGCCGAGCUCUGGCUAAGAUGUCCUUUGAGGAAAGUGAUUUGACCGGAGACAUCUCGGGUCUCGGUCCAUUUGAGCUAGAUGCGUUGCAAGACUGGGAGUACAAGUUCAUGAGCAAGUACGUCAAAGUCGGGACCAUUCAGAAGAAUGAUGGAGAAGGCAAAGAAAGUGCUGAGCCUUCUACAAACACUGGAGAAGAAGCUUCUGCGGCUGCCCACGAGGAAACUCCUAGAAGCGUAGAAGAGAAAACAGAAGAGGCCACAGAGAAGAAGGAUGUUGCAAAUGGUGAUGCUGCAAAGGAGGAGUAAGUCAAUAUGAAGCAAACACUUUCUCUUGAGAAAUUAGUGUGAUUUGUCAGGAUUUUAAGUAUGAGUCGUAUAUAGCUCAUGUUGAAAGAAACAAGCUCAAUAAAUUAAAAAAAACGUAGACUGUGUGUAUCUUUUGGAUCUUGUGAUAACAUCAAAUUCUCGUUAUGAAAACUUUUAAAUUA